AUGGCAUGGGCGUGUUGUGGCAUGCGUGGCUGGAGGCAGAAUAUGGAGGACACGUCCCUCAUGUUGCCCAACGGGUACUUGUCUGGCGAUUGGCGCGAUUGGGCCCUAUUUGGUGUCUUCGACGGUCACGGGGGGGAGCAGGUUGCUCGCUUUGCGGUGCGCCGCCUACCACAAGUCUUAGCAGAGCUUCCUGGUCAAGACGCUGAGGUCGCCCUGCGAGAGGCAUUCUUGCGUUUGGAUGAUAUGCUUCGGCAAUCAUCUGUUGGAAACGAAUUGCGGGAGCUUACGUUGCCAGGCAAUGAACCACAAGAUUCUGCGGAGACUUGUGGCACCACCGCAGUAUGUUGCUUCAUUCAGGGAAAUGAGAUGAUCCUCUCCCACGUGGGGGAUUCGCGUGCAGUUCUUUGCCGCCAGGGUGCUGCUGUGGCAUUGACAGCGGACCACAAGCCUGAGUUACCGGAGGAGACGGCAAGAAUUGAAGCAGCCGGUGGAUUUGUCCAGGAGGGCGCAACAGCCAUGGGAAGUGGGAAGGAAUACCGUGUGAAUGGGGGCCUCAACCUCUCACGCGCUUUGGGCGAUCUUCGCUACAAGAGUGAUCCAAAGUUGAAACCAGCUGAGCAGCUGGUGUCUGCCAUCCCGGAUACAAGUCGUCUUCAAUGGCAGCAGGGCGUUGAUGAGUUUGUUCUUCUCGCCAGUGAUGGGGUCUGGGAGUGCAUGACAAACCAGCAAGCUGUGAACUUUGUACGUGCCCGAUUGCCUCCUCCAGGAUCCAAGAAAGGUCUUCAGAAGGCGCUGGGCGAGCUCUUGGACAUGUGCUGUGCCAGCACACCUGCACAAAGAGGGGGCCUCGGCUGUGACAACAUGACUGCUGUCCUCGUGCGUUUUGAGGUUCCCUGCUCUUGGAAGACAUGUUCCCCUAAGUCAUCUGGAUUAUCAGGGAAAUGGUACAUUAAGAGCCAAGGUUGCUUUUGCAGCCCCUCUCACGGCCCAGCUGCGUUGCUAGCAGCAGUCACGCUCCCCUAG